GCAUUCCCAUAAGACUUCCAUUGCGUAGUUCGUCAGAGCCAGAGGCACAGCACAAAAUCGAUUAAAACCACUUGGGUUGGUGCACAACUUUCCGCUCUGUGAUUGUAACUUUGUCAGCUGACCAGUGUCGUGUGACUUGUGAGGGUCUUUUUCGUGUUUGCAAGUGAUCAGAGGAGAAUUAGCCCAGCAAAAUGUCGUCCGGGUUGAAGAAAAUUUCCGAUGAGGACCGCGAAUCGAAAUAUGGACGCGUAUUCGCCGUUUCUGGUCCAGUCGUUACGGCCGAGCGGAUGUCUGGGUCUGCUAUGUAUGAGUUGGUCCGUGUAGGAUACUAUGAGCUCGUGGGAGAAAUUAUUCGUCUUGAAGGCGACAUGGCCACUAUUCAGGUCUACGAGGAAACCUCAGGCGUCACGGUCGGCGAUCCUGUGUUGCGUACCGGAAAACCCCUGUCCGUAGAGUUGGGUCCAGGUAUUAUGGGCAGUAUUUUCGACGGUAUCCAGCGUCCAUUGAAGGAUAUCAACGAGCUCACAAGCUCCAUUUACAUCCCCAAGGGCGUGAACGUUCCAUGCUUGUCCCGCACACAGUCGUGGGAAUUCAAUCCCCUGCACGUUAAAGUCGGCUCACAUAUCACCGGAGGUGAUUUGUACGGUCUCGUCCACGAAAACACACUCGUCAAGCACAAAAUGAUCGUUCCUCCGCGCGCGAAGGGUACUGUACGCUACAUCGCCCCCGCCGGCAACUACACAGUGGAAGAUGUCGUCCUGGAAACUGAGUUCGACGGAGAAAUCACCAAACACACUAUGUUGCAAGUGUGGCCUGUACGUCAGCCACGUCCCGUCACAGAAAAGUUGCCCGCCAACCACCCGCUACUCACUGGACAACGUGUACUCGACUCUCUGUUCCCUUGCGUCCAGGGCGGAACCACAGCUAUCCCUGGUGCUUUCGGUUGUGGAAAGACUGUCAUCUCACAGGCCUUGUCAAAGUACUCCAACUCUGAUGUCAUUAUCUACGUCGGUUGCGGUGAACGUGGUAACGAGAUGUCUGAAGUAUUGCGAGAUUUCCCCGAAUUGUCUGUAGAAAUUGACGGAGUCACUGAAUCUAUCAUGAAACGUACUGCUCUGGUUGCCAACACCUCCAACAUGCCUGUCGCUGCUCGAGAAGCCUCUAUUUACACAGGUAUUACAUUGUCCGAAUACUUCCGUGAUAUGGGUUACAACGUUUCUAUGAUGGCUGACUCGACCUCCCGUUGGGCAGAAGCUCUUCGAGAAAUUUCGGGUCGUUUGGCUGAAAUGCCUGCCGAUUCCGGUUACCCCGCUUACUUGGGCGCACGUCUUGCUUCCUUCUACGAACGUGCUGGUCGCGUGAAAUGUCUUGGCAACCCAGAAAGGGAGGGCUCCGUGUCUAUUGUAGGUGCCGUAUCACCACCCGGUGGUGACUUCUCAGAUCCUGUCACCUCCGCCACUCUGGGUAUCGUACAGGUGUUCUGGGGUUUGGACAAGAAACUGGCCCAGCGUAAACAUUUCCCCUCCAUCAAUUGGUUGAUUUCAUACAGUAAGUACAUGCGUGCUUUGGACGAUUUCUACGAGAAGAACUUCCCCGAGUUUGUGCCACUGAGAACCAAAGUCAAGGAAAUCUUGCAAGAGGAGGAAGAUCUUUCUGAAAUUGUGCAGCUCGUCGGUAAGGCAUCUUUGGCCGAAACGGACAAGAUUACUCUGGAAGUAGCCAAAUUACUUAAGGACGAUUUCUUGCAACAAAACUCCUACUCGUCCUACGAUCGUUUCUGCCCGUUCUACAAGACCGUGGGCAUGUUGAGGAACAUUAUCGCCUUCUAUGACUUGGCACGACACGCCGUCGAGUCAACAGCCCAGUCCGAAAAUAAGAUCACAUGGAACGUCAUUCGUGACGCGAUGGGCAACAUUAUGUAUCAACUGUCUUCAAUGAAAUUCAAGGACCCCGUUAAGGACGGCGAAGCCAAGAUUAAGGCCGAUUUCGACCAAUUGUACGAAGAUUUGCAGCAGGCCUUCCGGAAUUUGGAAGACUAAGAUAGUAUUGUUAAGAGUAUUAAUCCGUAUUGGUUCAAAAUAUUUCAUUAUGAAUAUGUUAUACGAGUGUAGUUAUCGCUAGUUGUACAAUUCUCGCCCGAGGCGCAUUGUAUACUGCAUUCCUGUUAAAUAUUUUUUUUUUGUUUUCCCUGUGCUGCGUUUUCAAGACAAAAUUCAUAAACGCAUUCACUGUCACGUCUUGUGUAUUUGUAUUAAAAGUUUUCCGCCCUCCACCACCUCUCCGCUCGAUCCUUUCACACCAAUCACGUGUACGAUACCAUUCCAGAAUGUAUUAUUCUUUAUCUUUUAGAUAGCGCGCGAAGUCGGUCUAAGGGUUAGUGCUUUAAGUUUGUUGUUAACGAAAUUCAUUAUUACAAAACUUAUCAUGCCGUUCCAGAGAAAAUGUAAAAUAAAAUUUCUUGUCAUUCAAA